GCCUCCAGGUCCUCUGCGCCCAUAGGAAGCCGCCGCGAGGGUCAAAUUUAAGCAUUGCCCUCGGUAGAGAAGAAAUCGAUGGUGUUCUGGAUGCGGGCUUCCAGGGAAGAUGCUCCUCCAGGUUUCGCGUCCCCUUGGGAAGAUAAUUGAGCGCCCAGAUAAGCUCAGAGCACGCCAGCCCCAGGAACCGCGGGUACUGGCGCCGAGCUUCUCUGCACCACCCCGCGGCUCCGGGCCCUUUUUUCCAAUUUGCCCUCCUGCCGCAGUCAGGCCCAAAUUAAUUCUCUGCCCUUGCGAGUGAGCACGCACAAGUUCCCCAGGCACGAUCCUUCCAUUUCCCCGGGGAGGUUAGAGUGGGGAGCUUUUCAACCAUUAACCUCCCAGCCACCUGGGGGAAGGAGGCAGGGUGGAGGGAGUGGAGCGGGGAGAGACAUUUUGGGGCCAGUUCAAAGGCACCAAAAUUAGCUGCCAAUUCUAAAAGGGUUCUCUUUCUUCUGUUUUGACAAACGGAUGCAAUGGGAUGCCUACUGCUGCCCCGGCCCAAGUCCUGGGCUCACUUCACAGCCUGAUGCUGAGUUUCAAACCACAGUCCUGCUGAACCUAUACCCAGGGUUCUUUGCCCUCUUGUAGAAGUCUGCGGACGGCUGGAUGCGGGGCGCAGGCUUUUCUCUGAGCGUUUUAACGUUGGCUUAGGUUAAAGCCCCAGAGCUCUCACUUUUGCACCUCCCGUUAAUCUUCCUCCUCCCCAUGCCCACGUCUUCCCACCUUUCUCCACCACCAUCACCACAAUCACCACCCCAACACCACCGAAGGACGUGCCCCUUUGGUAGUGUCGGGGCUCCCAGACCGAGUGAGGGGGAGGGCGCCUCCCAAUCCCCUCCUCCCCAUCCCUGCCUCGGCUCGGGGUUUUACUGCAGCAGCCGGAGGUGACAGCGACGCCUUUGCCUCCUCUGUUGCUCCGGAGCCCCGGUUUCCCCUGCAUUGGGAAAGCACCCCCUCCUGAGAGGCUAGUCCCGGGAGAAGUGCGAACGACCUACAGAAAGUCAAAUUUUAAAAUGUAGAAGUCGCUGGGUUGUAUUCCUCCGAGGACGAGCCUAAUCUCCCAGGACAGAGUGGCAGCGUAUGGGAAGUUGGGACCGUAGAGCAAGGGGGGAGGGGAGUGGUGCAGCCGGCAUUCUCUUCUGGAAGGAGUCGCUGGGAGCAGUGCGGUUGGACACAAGUUUGCAUGAAGAAACAGUAACCCAGAGAGGAGAGUAACCUUCACAGGAUCAUUCCAAGGAGGAAAAAAGCUGAGGACCAGACCUGGCCACUCCCAGAAGGACAGACUUUGUGCAGCUUGAAGGAGCCGACCAUGGAUUUCAGGCGUGUGAAGGAGUAUUUCUCCUGGCUCUACUAUCAAUACCAAAUCAUUAGCUGCUGUGCUGUUUUGGAACCCUGGGAGCGAUCUAUGUUCAAUACCAUCCUACUAACCAUUUUUGCUAUGGUGGUAUACACUGCCUAUGUCUUCAUCCCGAUCCACAUUCGCCUGGCUUGGGAAUUUUUCUCAAAAAUAUGUGGCUAUCACAGUACAAUUUCUAACUGAUCUCAUUUGAAUUCUGUGAAAUGGCAUUGCACAUUUAUGUUGCUUACAACAUAUUGAUUUAGUGACUACUGUGUCAUCUUUCACUCUCUGACCUGAAAAGCGCUCUUCUCUAUGCACUUUUAUGUCCUGCCUGGAGUUUGAGAUGGAUGUCUCUAGUUUCUUUUAUACAUGCUACAUUGUUCAUUAGACCAUAGAAAAUAUGAUGCCUUUACCUCACAUACCAUGUUCCCUCAAUGCAAAUCUAUGACUUUGGAAUUUGUUUCUAAAUCAGGACAAUUUCAUAUAAAAUUUUCCUGGAAAAUGGGUUCAUAAGAGAUUUUUCCAUAAUCAUAUUUUAAAUGCUCCCUUAAUACCUAUCCUACACCGAAGGAUAUAUUACAAGAAAAAAAAUCUUCAUAGGCUACUGUCAAAAGUAUCCUAUUCUUGUUUACAAUGUAUAAAAAGAUGUGAAUAAAUUAUAUGAACUCCCUAAAAUCUUAUUUUCUAGUAAACUGCUAAUACCUGAAAUUCUUUUAUUUCGAAUUCAAAAGAAUAGACUGGAGGCAAUUAUUUUCUUUCAGACAUGGUUCAUGAAUUGUUUCAAAUGCCUCUAAAAGUCAGUUUAAAAUCAGCAAUGUUAAUUUUAGAUAAACAAGUAAGUAUUAUAAUGCAUAAUCAUUUUAAGUAUAAGAAACAAAAUAUAAUCAAAGUAAAUUCAGAUAAUUCAGAUAUUGAGACUUUUGAUGUUUCCUUGCCUGGCAUGAUGCUGAGGGUAAAAGAGAAAAGAAAUUAUUUUUCUUUCUGUGCUUUCACUCACUGGAGGAAAAAAAAAAGGCAUGUAUGGGGCUACAGGAAGAAAAGCUAAUAAAUAGGCUGGAAGUAAUAUUCCACCAGCAG